GGGGGAAGCAAAGAAAAUAAUCCCAGUCGUUGGAUUCGUUGCAUUGCUUUAAAAAAGUCACUGAAUCCUACUCCCUGCCGGGACCGUCAACGAAUCUGGGUCUUUGGAAGAUUUAUCAUAAAAGAUUGCAAGCAGAAGAGCGAAGGCAUGCUGGAUUUUAAAGGGAUCUAUCACCUUAUUGUGCUGUCAACUUUCUUGGUUCAGGUCUCGUUUGCAAAGGGCUAUUUCGAGAUCAAGUUUAACUCGGUGCAAAACGUUAACGGUGAAUUGGAGAACGGGGAUUGUUGCGAUGGCACUAGAAAUUCCCUGGAUCGAAAAUGCAUCAAGGACGAAUGUGACACUUAUUUCAAAAUUUGUUUGAAGGAAUAUCAGGCACGCGUCGCCACUUCUGGGGGUUGCACUUUUGGGAGCGGAUCAAGCCCUGUGCUGGGGAAAAAUACUUUUUCUCUCCCAGAUAAAAGCGCACUUGGAAAAAUAGUUAUCCCCUUUCACUUUGCAUGGCCGAGAUCGUAUACGUUAAUAUUGGAAGCCUGGGAUCAGGACAAUGCAACAUCUGGUGAAGGCCAGCUCAUCGAGCGAGGUUCUCAGACGGGAAUGAUCAACCCAGGAGGUCCCUGGAUGACUUUUCAGCACAACGGGCCUGUGGCUCACUUUGAGUACAGCAUCCGGGUGAAGUGCGAAGAGCACUACUAUGGCACUGGCUGCAACAAACUCUGCCGGCCACGCGAUGACUUCUUCGGCCACUACAUGUGCGACCAGAAUGGGAACAAGCUCUGUAUGGAGGGCUGGAUGGGCGUGGACUGCAUCAAAGCCAUAUGCAAGCAGGGUUGUCACUCGAUCCAUGGAGGGUGUGAUGUCCCUGGGGAAUGCAAGUGUCUGUACGGAUGGCAGGGACAGUUCUGCGAUGAGUGUGUCCCAUACCCGGGCUGUGUCCAUGGAACGUGUGUGGAGCCAUGGAAGUGUAACUGUGAAACCAACUGGGGUGGCCUACUCUGCAACAAAGACUUGAAUUACUGUGGGACACACCAUCCGUGCAUCAAUGGAGGGACCUGCAUGAACACGGAACCCGAUGAAUACCAAUGCGCCUGCCCUGAAGGAUAUUCUGGCAAGACCUGUGAGAUUGCCGAGCAUGCUUGUGUAUCCAACCCCUGUGCAAAUGGAGGCAUCUGCCACGAGAUCCCAACUGGUUUCGAGUGUCAGUGCCCAUCGGGGUGGAAUGGGACAACAUGUGCCAUUGAUAUAAAUGACUGUGCAUCACAUCCAUGUGCACAUGGUGGAACCUGCAUCGAUCGCGUUAAUGGGUUUGAAUGCAUCUGCCCAGGGCAGUGGAUUGGGAAGACCUGCCAGCUGGAUGUUGAUAACUGCCAUGGACAGUGCCAGAAUGGAGCCACAUGCAAGCCCGACAGUGUGCGUGGUUACCAGUGUAUCUGCCAACGUGGGAUUGUUGGCAGAAACUGCGAGAUUGAAAUAAACGAAUGUGCCAGUCAGCCUUGCUUAAACAAAGGACAGUGUCAGGACCUGCUCGGUCGUUUCCAUUGCCACUGUGUGCGCGGCUAUACGGGGACCUUCUGUGAGAAGAAGAUCAACUUCUGUGAUCCCAGCCCAUGUCAGAACGGUGCCAAGUGCUAUGUCCUCGGUGACGAUUACUACUGUGCCUGUCCUGAGGACUACGAAGGGAAGAACUGCUCGCUUCUGAAGGAUCACUGCAGAUCUGCUCUCUGCCGAGUAAUUGACAGCUGUACUGUGGCGAUCUCCAGCAACAGCAGUCAGGGUGGGGUCCGCUUCAUAUCGUCCAAUGUCUGUGGUCCACGUGGCACCUGCAUCAGCCAGCCUGCGGGGAACUUCACAUGUGCCUGUAAUCGGGGGUUUACCGGGAUGUAUUGCCAUGAAAAUAUCAAUGACUGCAUAGUGAACCGAUGUAAGAAUGGGGGCACGUGUAUCGAUGGAGUGGACUCCUUCCGCUGUAUUUGCCCUGACGGUUGGGAAGGAGAGCUUUGUGAAAUUGACUUCGAUGACUGCAGCCCCAACCCCUGUCUCAAUGGAGGCCGGUGUGUGGAUGGACGGAAUGAUUUCCACUGUGAAUGCAGCAAUAACUGGAAAGGAAAGACCUGCCACUCCAGAGAGAAUCAAUGUGACGAAAGUACUUGCAGUAAUGGGGGCACGUGUCAUGAUGUGGGAGAUACCUUUCUAUGUGCAUGUGCACCAGAGUGGGGUGGCAGCACCUGCAACCUUGCUAAGAACAGCAGUUGUAUCCCCAAUCCUUGCCAGAAUGGAGGGACGUGUGUGGGCAGUGGAGAUGCCUUCACCUGUGUGUGCAAAGAGGGAUGGGAAGGACCGAUCUGCACUCAGAAUAAGAACGACUGCAAUCCUCAUCCAUGCUACAAUGGAGGCAUCUGUGUCGACGGUGUGAAUUGGUUUCGGUGUGAAUGCGCUCCAGGUUUUGCCGGGCCAGACUGCCGAAUCAACAUCGAUGAAUGUCAGUCAUCCCCUUGUGCCCACGGAGCCACUUGUGUGGAUGAGAUUAAUGGCUACAGGUGCAUCUGUCCAGCUGGAAGAGCGGGCUACAGAUGCCAAGAAGUUAUUGGCUUUGGCAAGUCGUGUUUCACAUCGGGGCAGUACCAUCCACACGGACUCAGGUGGGAUCAAGAGUGCAACACCUGUCAGUGCCUGAAUGGCAACAUACACUGCACUAAGGUAUGGUGCGGCCAGAAGUCUUGCUUGUUACGAGAUGGGCCUGGCCACGAAAACUUCCUGUGCCCAGAAGGGCAGGCGUGCCAGCUCAGCCCCUGGCUGAAGUGCUUCUCCCCUCCCUGCACAGACUGGGGGGAGUGUAACCCUCUCCGUACUCUGCCCGUCCACACCACGUGCCAGCCUAACUCUGAUCAGCUGGACAACAACUGUGCAAAGAUCACACUCCUUCACAAGGAGAAGGUCCCAAAGGGCAUUACUGUGGAAUACAUCUGCUCGGAACUGAGGUACAUCCCCGUGCUGCGUAGCCUGUCCAAGGAGCGGGCCUUGUUUGUGUUGUGUGACCUCGCCAAUGGCACCGACAGUGUGGUGGAGGUGGCCAUCUCAUUCAGCCAGCAGGAUGAGGACCAGGACGGAGCCCUGAUUAAGGAGGCGGCGACGAAGAUGGUUGACAGCAUCACUAAGUGGCAAAACAGCACCGUGAUGCUCGCGGUUAUCGAAGUGAAGCUUGAGACGGUGUAUGUUCCUCGUUCCCAACCAGCAUACUUGGUCCCAGUGCUGAGCGUGGCCUUCGGCAUGGUCUGGCUGUUCUGCAUCAUCAUCUGCGUGUGGUGGACGCGGAAGAGGCGAAAAGAGCGGGAGAGAAGCCGCCCACCCAUGGAAGACACCGUAAACAAUCAGUGGGAGCCCCUCAAGCCCAUCAGGAACCCCAUUGACAAACACUGCAGCAACAAGGACAUUCAGUAUGAAUGCAAAAAUUUAAUGGCCCCUCACAGCCGGACUCUGGCAGCCGAGGAGGCAGAGGAGGAACUGGGCGUGGAGAAGUGCCCCUCCCAAAGAUGUACAAUUACAUUCUUGCCUACGAAAGGCGACGUUAACUCAACACAGUUCACUCCAGUAAAGCAGCCACAUCGGACGAGCAAAAGGGACAACCUUUGCCUGAAAAAUGUGAAUGCAUCCAACCAUGAAGGAGGUAAGGACCUCUCUGUAUGAGCAAAGGGGAGAGUUGUUUUGUGCCUACAGCUUUUUCUUAAAAAAAAGAGAAACAGAAAGGGAGGGGGAUAUUGAGACAAAUUUCUUGUUGCCUCCUUGUUGUGUUAAGACUGAAACCAUCCUGUUGAAGUCUUCAUGCCCAAUCAGUGUCUCUUUCUUUUGGUGUGUGUAUAGAGCAUUUAUUUACCAGUGUCUCUUUCAAUCUUGUAUAAAUUAUUUGUGACUUGUCCAGUGUCAAGAUCUCUUUGCCAGUUGCUAUAUUUGUUAGUAAUCUCUCAUGAAGGUUCAUGGGGGAAGCAGGGGGUUGGGUGGGGUCGGAUCUUGGGCAUCCCAAAGGAAAUGAGGAACCAAGCUUGACCUUUUUCUAUUACCAUAAGCAUCCUCUUUCUGCUUCACAUACUGUUUACAUUGGGAUCCUUGGCUUAGAGCACCAUGGUGUAUUUUUUUUCUGUACAUUGACACCUGGCAGUGGGCACUCCUUGAUAAUUGACCUCUCGCUUGGCGCUCUGGAUUUUGUGAGCCUGUUUCUUAAGGUGGGGAAGAAGGGGUUGCAGGAUUGUAAGUGCAACUGCCCACCACCCCUGCUCCCCCACCUGGAUCCAGUGACAUGGGGGGACUUGUUUACCCCCUGAACUUACUGCCCGCUGCUUUAUGUGUGAGGGGCCCGAGAAGGUGGGGGGUUAGCGGCUGUUGGACAGAUCUGGGGUCACGGUCAUUGCCUGAGAAUUGUCAUCAGCAAGUCUGGCCUUGGGGAGUACAAGAAGGUUGCUUCCAAAGACUUGGUAACUCGCUGAGAGUGGAGGUAGG